AUGUCUGAGACAGAUUCCAAUUCCAGCAGCAAAAUUGCUCAGAUCGAGCAGGUUGUGACUGCAGCCUUGCGGCCCUUGCCCACUCAAACUGGCGAUGGCAGCUAUGUACAAGAGCCAACUGUGACUGGCCUUGCUAAGGACCUGCUCCAUUUUGACUUGAAAGAUGCCAAAACUUUGGCCGAGGUUGCCAAAAGUGCGGUGACUGGCGAGGCUGUGAAUGACAGAGAUUAUAUCAUGGAGCGCGUGAUUCAGCUUGCUGCUGGCUUGCCUUCGACAUCUCGAAAUGGCAAGGAGCUGACCAAUACCUUCCUCACCCAACUAUGGGGUGAUCUGGAGCACCCCCUGUCUCGUGAGUCCCUCAAAGCGAUCUAUCUUGGACGCGAUGCGGCAUACAGGAAGGCUGAUGGAUCUGGAAACAACAUUUUCUGGCCUCAGAUUGGUGCUGCUAGCACUCCAUAUGCACGGUCUGUUCGACCGAAGACUAUGCAGCCUGCUGCUCUUCCGGAGCCAGAGGCUCUUUUUGAUAGUCUCUUGGCCCGGAAGGACUUCAAGGAACACCCGAACAAGAUUUCUAGCGUGCUAUUCUAUCUUGCCUCUAUUAUCAUCCAUGACCUGUUCCAGACGGAUCCCAGGGACCAAACAAAAUCAUUGACAUCCUCGUACCUGGACUUGUCUCCGCUUUAUGUUGAAACCCGACUGCUUCUCCACCAAGCGGGUUUUGGGAUUCCCCCGGGCGUUGGUGUCCUUCUCAUUAUGUUCAACCGUUUCCACAACUCUGUUGUCACCCAAUUGGCAGCCAUAAAUGAAGGUGGCCGUUUCACGAAACCGGAUGAGUCAAAUGCUCAAGCUUAUGCCACCUGGGAUAAUGACCUCUUCCAGACUGCGAGACUGGUUACUUGUGGUCUUUAUGUUAACAUCAUUCUGAAGGACUAUGUCCGGACCAUUCUCAACAUCAACCGAACUGACAGUGUGUGGAGUUUGGAUCCCCGUGCGGAGAUAAAGGAUGGCUUGCUUGGCCAGGCACCUGCCCAGGCUACCGGAAACCAAGUAUCUGCCGAGUUCAAUCUUGUUUACCGUUGGCAUUCUUGUGUCUCGGCUCGGGACGAAAAAUGGUCAGAGGAUCUGUAUAAAGAGCUAUUUAAUGGGCAAGAUCCGAAGCAGCUUAGCAUGCAGGAAUUCACAGGGGGUCUUCGCCAAUGGGAAUCAAAGCUCCCAGCAGAUCCCCAGGAACGUCCUUUCGCCAAAUUGCAACGCCAAGCAGAUGGCAAAUUCGACGAUAAUGAUUUGGUGAAGAUCUUUGAGGAGGGUGUUGAGGAUCCUGCUGGAGCUUUCGGUGCUUUGAAUGUGCCAGAUGUCUUCAGAGGCAUCGAGGUUCUCGGCAUCAAGCAGGCACGCUCUUGGAAUUUGGCUACCUUGAACGAGUUCCGUCAGUACUUCGGUUUGGCUUCUUAUCAAACCUUUGAGGAGAUCAACUCAGACCCGUACGUCGCGAACCAGCUUAAGCAUUUCUAUGACCAUCCCGACCUUGUGGAGCUGUACCCUGGCCUCGUUGUCGAAGAGGCCAAACAGCCUAUGACCCCAGGUAGCGGUCUAUGCACCAAUUUCACGACCUCGAGGGCCAUUCUCUCAGACGCAGUUGCCUUAGUUCGUGGUGAUCGCUUCUAUACGGUCGACUUCACACCGAAGCAUCUCACAAACUGGGCAUUCAAUGAGAUCAACAAUGACGUCUCUGUUGACGGUGGUCAGGUCUUCUACAAACUGGUCCUGAAGGCCUUCCCCAAUCAUUUCCGCGGCGAUUCGGUUUACGCACACUUCCCGAUGGUUGUGCCUGAUGAGAACAAGAAAAUAUUGACCAGCCUUGGUAAGGCUAAAACCUAUAGCUUUGACCGACCAUUUUAUAAAGCCCCGCCCCUCUUCAUCAACUCCCACUCUGCUUGCGCAAAAAUCUUGAAAGACCAAGAAGGGUUCAAGGUAGUGUGGGGUGAGAAGAUCCAAUUUUUGAUGGAGAAUAGCGGCCGUCCUUAUGGCCGAGACUUCGCCUUGUCGGGUGAUCUCCCUGCCAACGCAGCUUCUCGAAAGAUGCUCGGUGCUGCCCUGCACCGUGAAAAGUGGGAAUCAGAAGUGAAGGCCUUCUACGAGGACAUUACUCUGAAACUCCUCGAGCGAAACUCAUACAAGGUUGCUGGCGUCAAUCAGGUCGACAUCGUUCGUGAUGUUGCCGUUCUCGCCCAAGUCCACUUCUGCGCCAACGUCUUCUCCCUGUCUCUCAAGACAGAAUCAAACCCAAGAGGCGUGUUCAGCGAGCAGGAGUUGUACCAGAUUCUGGCCGUGAUAUUCGCUUCGAUUUUCUACGAUGUCGACGUGUCCAAGUCUUUCCAACUUUGCCAAACUGCUCGUAAUGUUGCACAGCAGCUGGGCGAGUUGACGCUAGCCAACGUUGAACUCGUUGCUAAGACUGGAUUCAUUUCCAACCUGGUCAACCGCCUACACCGCCAUGAUAUCUUGAGUGAAUAUGGAGUCCACAUGAUCCAGCGCUUGCUCGACAGCCAGUUGCCGGUUAAGGAUGUUGUGUGGUCGCACAUUCUUCCCACGGCUGGUGCAUUAGUUGCCAACCAAGGCCAGCUUUUCUCCCAAUGCAUCGACUACUACCUCUCUGAAGAAGCGGCGGAGCAUCUGGUUGAGAUCCAGCGCUUGUCUAGGGAGGAUACUCCUGAGGCCGACGAGCUCCUUGUGCGAUACUUCAUGGAAGGAGCAAGACUCCGAUGCUCGGUAGCAUUGCCACGAUUUGUCACUAAGCCAACGGUGGUAGAAGAUAACGGUGAGAAGGUCACUUUGAAAGCUGGCCAGGAGAUCAUUUGCAACUUGGUUGUUGCAGGCCGCGAUCCUGUUGCGUUCCCCGAUCCCGACAAGGUCCGUCUUGAUCGUGAUAUGAGCCUGUACACUCACUUCGGCUUCGGUCCUCAUGAAUGCCUGGGUGUUAAAAUGUGCCCUCUUGCACUUUCCACUAUGCUCAAGGUUCUUGGGCGACUGGAUAAUGUUCGCCGCGCCCCUGGACCCCAAGGCCACCUGAAGAGGCUUAAUGGACUGGGAGGAAUCGCCAUGUAUAUGGAUGCCGAGCACAGUAGCUUCUCUCCGUUCCCCAUGACUAUGAAAAUCCAAUGGGACGGAGACCUGCCUGCCAGGAAGGAGUAA